AUGUCCGACGGCGGCUGGGGAGCUCAUUCGGAUAGCAAUCACGGCGAUGCUCAUGGAGAGUCGAACGGCGAGGGGAGGGAGUUCUUCAUCUCUGUGCAGGUUUAUAUAUCGAAUAAAACGGCGACGGCGAUGCGAAAGCCCAAUACACGGAAGAAGACAGAGAAGCGUGACGGGCAGGGCUCGAGACCGUUGUCUCUGCUGACGGAGGAUCGGAAAGUCAAAGAGAAGUCGAGUUGGCUCAGCCUUGCACGGCCGUCGAGUACAUGGGAGCAUUGGAGGCAGGCUACAUGUCGAUUGACUGAGGAAGGAGAGAAGUGUAUCUUAAACGUUUAUAUGGAUGAGAUGAUACUCUAUCAAUGCGUCUAUAUCCAUCUCCUGCAUCAUACCGACAUUCGAGCUGUCGACCGAUCAUUGUUCUCCAUGGAUCACUGCCUAGGGAUACACUGCGCUUCAGCACGAAGAUGGACUCUAGGAACCCCCAACGAACCGCUCUACUUCCAGUUCUCCUCCUCCGAAGCCCUCAACACGUGGAUAUCCCUCCUGCGCUCGUAUGCUGUCCCUGAAAUCUACGGAAGAGAUCCAAACAGUCGGGAUGGAGGCAUGUAUCGUAUAUGGCGACAAGUCGAGCUCAAGUGCAUCCAAGCACGAAAUAUUGGCUCUGCUCGCUCGUUGGACGAGAACUCGCCAAACUCACCUCUUCCAGGCGAUAACAUUAAUGAUUCCGGCCGUGGCGGGCACGGUGGCGGAGGGGGCGGCGGUGGCGACUCGGACGCCGUCACCGAUCUGGACUUGUAUUGCGAGAUCUACUUGAACAAGACGCUUUCGGGACGUACCGUCGUGAAGAAGAGUCUCGGCGCACCGGAGUGGCAUGAGAAUUUUUUGUUCAGGGAUUUGCCGUACUUGGAGGACUUGACGAUCAAGCUGAGGAGGGAGAAGAAGCUACUGAAGCCUGCGACGGUUGGGACGGUUUAUAUCGUGCUUACGAAUUUUAGGAGGGGCGAGCUCGUCGAUGGAUGGUUUCCAGUGUUGUAUGGAGGCUCGGCGACGGCGAGCACGCAAGUUGGUCAGAUUCGGUUGAAGUUGAGAGUGGAUGAAGAGAUUGUCCUGCCUCUGUCUGCCUAUUCCUCGUUACAAUAUACCCUCAACUCUCGGAACUAUUUGGAUUGGAUGAGCGAUCUCGAGCAGACCCUCAAGUUGAAGCAUCUUUCGCAGGAGCUGGUCUCGCUCGCGGUUGCAAAAGAUACCCUUCUCGAUAGUAUAUUCGAACUCGCCGAUCGCGAGGUGGACGGGACGCCUAGCUCACACACCACCCUAUUCCGUGGAAAUACUACCCUCACGAAGACAGUCGAGCUGGCCAUGAACUGGUACGGCAAGUCGUUCUUGGAAGCCAGCGUUGGCGACACUAUCAGGAAGCUGUGUUCCGAAUCCGUCGCCAUCGAGGUUGACCCGAUACGGAAUGGCAAGGGUGCUCGGGAAGUAGAGCGGCACGUUGAUCUGCUCGUGCAUUGGUGCCGGGAGGUUUGGGAGAAGAUAUACGCCGCUCGAUAUGGAUGCCCACAAGAGAUGCGAAGGUUAUUCGAACAUGUUCGGCAGCUUGUCGAGAAGAGAUAUAAGGGCCACCAGGAUUCGGCUGAGCAGAAGAGAGAGCUACCCUGGCAGAGUGUCUCGGCCUUUAUCUUCCUGCGUUUCAUCGUACCCGCUAUAUUGCAUCCUCACCUCUUUGGCUUGUGUGCAGGCAUGCCUGAUCCGCCAGUUCAACGUACGUUAACACUGAUAGCCAAGGUCAUCCAGAGCCUCGCUAAUCUUAACAUCUCCGUCCAGAAGGAAGACUUUAUGCGCGGCCUCAAAACGUUCCUCACCGAGAGCCAGCCCUCUAUGGUUGACUACAUCCUAGUCGUCUCCACACCCGAUCCCCCACCAUUAUCCACUCAAACCUCCGCAGACCUCCACGAUCGCCGGGGUGCCGUACAGGCUCUCGAAAGCCGGAGACAUACCAUGCCUACUCUCCACCAAGAUUCUAUCCCGCAGCUUCCUUUCCUGACCGACCCGCCGAAAGAUCUUGCCGUCCUCUCUUCUGCCAUCCUACGGCAGACCCGAGUUAUCCAGGUUCUCCCAGAUAGCCGACUACACGACCUCGUCAACGCAUGUACACGUCUAGAGCAACAAGCUCUCAGGCGCGUGACACGACUGGCGGCCACUCUG